AAAUAUUUCCAUCACAUGUCUCUUGAAAGAAAACGUAAGCCUUAACAAAGUGACCUAAGCGACCGUCUGGGCCUCAGCUGAUCACGUCAACCAAACAACAGUACAGUAGUUAACAGGCUAACAGCUCGACAUGGCAUCCACAAUAAAAAAAAUGCAUACCUUGCGAAGCCUUGUCAGAGAGUUACGCAGGUCUCUCCCCAAACACGAGAGGGUGCAGCACUCCCCUACUUAUUCAUACAUAAUGAACCAGUACCGUCAAAAUGCUGUCACAGAUGAGCUGUAUUGCCGUGAACAAGAAGAGAUGGCUCACCUUGCCCAGACUUGUGCCACCUAUUUAGAAUCCAGCAGAAGAUAUAUUGAACUGCACAGUGAAUUCCACGGUCGUGGUGAGAGGACGGUUAAAGAAACUGCAGACAUGGUCGGGUUUAAACUUCCCAAUGACCCUAAAUGAUGACAAGGAAUAUUGAUAAUAUUUAGUUUGAAGUUUCCCCCAAUAUAUAUACUGUAUAUACAUCCUGUAGUAUUGCUAUCCCAACAUUUUCCUAAUGUUAAGUCUUGGUUUAAGUACUUAGCACCAAAAUUAAAAUUUAGUACAAUUACCCUACUGUACAGGUAUUAGAAACUGGUGGUAAUAAUAUAUGUGGAGAAUCUUAUCAUUUUUAGUUCUCUGAUUUUGUAAAUUAUAGCUACAUCAUUGUCACUUGUGUAGAGUAAAAACAAAAAAAAAAAAACAGGUGGUUAUGUGCAAUGGAUUGUAAGGUUAAACAAGAAACUGAUUGUUGGCUACCUCUUCCUCUAUGGUUCGGGUACAGUACUGUACUAAGAUCUUGGCUGAAAACAUAAAUCUUUUUGUACAGGUUGUGGAUCCUUUCUCCAAAUUCCAAAGACUGAAAAUAUAGGUCGUGUAGUCUUAAAAUACAGAAAGCUGUGUGUAAGUAUGAAGGCAUAUAAUGAUGGAUAUCUUGAAUGAAGGAUAAGAUAAUUUACAUCAAUAACUUAUGAUUGAAAAGCUGUACUGUAUGUGUAAAUACAAGUUUAUCAUGUAAAUUCUGGUUGUGAGGAAAUCGGUUAUUUGGGGAAAUUUACAUUUUCAACACGUGCUAUAUUGUGUGAUGCAAUGAAAUACAUACCAGGUAACAGCAUAGGUAAAUGCAGUUUGUGUCUGCUGAGCAGCUGGUUGGGCCAGACUGCUGACCUGUAUGCAGCUGUGUCCUUGCAUAUUAACUUUUAACCCACAAACUUCUCUAUUGCCACUAGUAUCAAAAAUUACCCAGGAAAAAUCAUAUGUACUGUAAAAUUGUUCUAAAGUUAUAAAUACAACUGAACCAGCAACAACAAAAUGUGGCGAGAAAAAGUGGUGCUACCAGGUGUGAGAAAAUGUCAUUGCCAAAACCGUACUCACUGUUUUAUCUACAAUCCUACAACAGUAAAUUAAACCAAACAUUACCAAAGCUUAAAGUACUGUAUAAAAGAAUACCCAAAAAAAAUCAUGGUUACUGUAAAAAUAUCUUCAAUGGAAGAGGCAGGAAGCAGUUGUGUAAAUAGAAGAAUUGGAUUGGUUACAUUAAGGUCUGGAUCAGUGCCUUUAUGGUGUAGGCUUAAGCCCCUUCCACAUGAUCGAGCAGUGCCCAGCGGGCUUUCGGGCAAAGCCUGGGUGUUGUUGUACACACGAGGGUGGUUGGCGGCAGUCAUAGUCGGGCGCUGGUAGCUAGUAGGUAACCGCAUUGAGCGCCGCUGUACGUUUGUCCCUUUCCCUGUACAAGUCCGCUUUGACAUUCCAUAGGCAAGGGUGCUGGCAAUAGAGUUCAAUUAACAGCAUGGUCUCUUCUCUAGACCAAUGAAUGUUUCUUUGUUCUUUGGUGUACGGAGGGCUAGACAUGGUACAGUGGUGACUGUUGUGGCGAGACUGAGAAACUGACAGCCAGGGUCCCAGGGUCAGCUUCGAUUGUCUGGCAGAGUCGUCGCUCCAUAUCCGGCAGCAAACCACCAGGCAGGCGGACCAUAAUUUCGCUCAAAGACGGGCAUGGGCACUCCGCUGGUUUGCCCACCAAUUUUGCCCGAUAACGGGCAUUUAGCGCGUGCCCGCCGGGCACUGCUCGAUCGUGUGGACGGGCCUUUAGAAUAGUGUACUGUAAUGUAAGUAGGCCUAAACAUUUGAAAACUGAAAAUAUCUGUACACCAAAAUGUAAUCAGCCCAAGGUUUUCAGAUAAAUGAUCUUUGACCUGUACACUGUACAUACAGUAAUUGUAAUUUAGUAUAGAAUUGUAAAACUUGUGUAUUCAUGGAGUACAGUACUGAGAAGAUCCCUAAAUCCUCAGAUAAUAAAUUUUAUUAUUUCA